AUGACGAAUCUACCAAUUGAACCUAGUCUUGAAGCACUUGAGAAGUACAAAACUGAAAAUACUGACGAUGUUAACUUUUACCCGGUAUAUAAAUUUAUACCUGCAGGGGAUAUUGGUGCUUAUGAAGUUUAUUUGAAGCUUGCACAAUUGAAUAAGGGGGAUCGCCAGAUGUCUUUUUUGUUAGAAUCGGUUCGGUCUAUAGAAAAGGUUGAUCAAUUUUUGUUUAUUGGGGUUGGACCUCGGGAGGUGAUUAAGAUAGAGAAUGAUGGUGGGAAUCCAUUACAGGCGCUUGAGAAAGCAUUGGAAGGUAUAAAGAUGGCAGAGAAUGUUCCAGGUUUACCAAAUUUUUGUGGUGGAGCGGUUGGUUAUAUCUCUUAUGACUGUGUAAAGUACUUUGAGCCCCGUACGGCGCGGAAGCAGAGGGAUCCCUUGGGGUUACCGGAGGCGAUUCAGAUGUUGUUUGAUACAAUUGUUGCUUACGACCAUGUUUACCAGAGGAUACAGAUUAUUACUCAUAUUGACUUGAGAAAGAAUAAAGAUCUUGCUAGUGGUUAUCAAGCCGCUGCCAAGACUUUGUCACGCGUUGCGGACUUGAUACAAAACAGUCAUGUGGAUCAGCCGAUUCAACCGCCGAUCCAGCUGGGUCACGUGAUGGAGUCCAACAUCGGCGAAGAAGGCUACAAGAAGCAUGUUGCUACACUAAAGGAACAUAUUCAGUGCGGAGAUAUUAUCCAGGCUGUUCCAUCCCAGCGUAUUGCGCGGAAGACGUCUCUACAUCCUUUCAAUAUAUAUAGAGAACUCCGUACGGUUAAUCCUUCACCAUAUAUGUUCUACCUUGAUUUUAUUGACUUCCAAGUGAUCGGGGCGUCUCCAGAGCUGCUUUGUCAGGUCGACAAGGCUCAGCGUGUUGUUUGUCAUCCAAUUGCUGGUACCAUUAAGCGUGGUUCAUCCGCAAAAGAAGAUGAUAUGUUGUCUUCCGUACUAAGCAACUCACUCAAGGACAGAGCUGAGCAUAUUAUGUUGGUGGACCUUGCACGUAACGAUAUAAACCGUGUUUGUGAUCCUAGUACCACGAAAGUCGACAAACUACUAGCUGUGCAACGAUUUUCGCAUGUGCAGCAUUUGGUCUCUGAGGUCUCUGGAACUUUACGUCCAGAUAAGACAAGAUUUGAUGCCUUCAGCUCCUUAUUCCCAGCAGGAACCGUAUCUGGAGCUCCAAAGGUGAAAGCAAUGGAGCUUAUUGCUGAGUUGGAAAACGAGAAGCGCGGUGUGUAUGCGGGAGCUGUAGGAUACUGGUCCUAUGAUGGUAAGUCCACGGACACAUGCAUUGCUCUACGUACCAUGGUCUACAAGGAUGGAGUGGUGUACAUCCAGGCUGGUGGAGGAAUAGUGUUUGAUUCCGAUGAAGAUGAUGAAUAUGUUGAAACCCUUAACAAGAUGAAGGCAAACUAUAACACUAUAGUCCAAGCUGAAAAGACAUGGGCCGAAAAAGCCGGGACAUUAUAA